AUGCAUGAAAGCUUGACAGUCGAGGACAUGAUUGCUGCGGACGAGAUGAGACUCUGUGCCAUGGCGAUUCCAAUUUCCAACCUCGAAGAUGGACAGGACAUGGACUCCGACGGUGCAGAAAUAUCACAAGCUUUCACUACAUUCUCUGCACUUCCCAGUAAGACUGGAAGCAUAUUGACGGUCCCGAGGUGCGGCACCGCCGAGGUCAAGACCCCCCUCGGACGGCCGGAGAACUUGCGAAGGAAAUGCACGCAAUUCGUUUUCGUGCGGAGAGCAACGCGGGGUGAUCCCUGUGUGGCGCGCGGCUUCUAG